AUGGCCGCCCCAUCGACUGACAUGACCUUUGCCCAGUUUGAAAGUCACUGGAACAAACCUGACUUUGAGACGACGUUAAAAUACGUACCGAUUGCAAACAUCAAGUUCAAGCCGGACAAGGAUGACGACCGAGUUGUCUCAAAGGGCCGCAACGAUGCUACACGUGUGAAACGAAUCCUGCAUGUCAUCGUCGACGACAUGAAACGAAACUAUCACAGCUACGACGCGAUAGAGCGCGCCCUCGCCAGAGCCGACGUGGAGAUCUUGGACUGGCGCCGGCCGGACUUGUGUCCCUCUAACAUCUUCAAGAUCGGCAAGAAUUUGAAGGAAUUGUAUCUAUAUUGGGGUGGUAACGACGCCAUCUUAGGUGCUUGGAGCGAAGCUGAAGGACUACCCAUGCUAGCUCAGUAUGGCAAACUGUCAAAGAUUUUCAUCUUCUCGCCAGAGGACAGUCCUGACCUGUCUUCGAACAUAUCGGAGCACCUGAAAGGCUUUGAUGAUCGUCUGAUACGCAACUGGUCGCUCGUGGCAGAGAAAAGAAGACCACCGUCACAAGAGAGGAGUGCAAUACUGGACGACAGCGCGACUUUGGCAUCCGGAUCACUCCGUCUGGAUUCUGGACUAUUCCGCCCAUGUUCAGCAGGCUCUCACAUAUCGAUGAAACGUGAAGUCGCCGGGGACAGGGAAAUCGCUGGCCCCCAAAUAAUCCACCUUGCGGCGAAGACGUCUCUUAAAUCUAAGCCGGCUGAUUACGACAGGCCGGCGGCCGAGAUGGAUCAACAUCGCUGGAUGCAGUGCAUGCAGAACUUCACGACUGCCUUUCUCAAGGUCCGAGAACGCCCAGCGAGAGACGCAGAGAACAACUUCAAGUCGAUCCGAGUUGCCUUGAUUGACGACGGUGUCGACACUACACAGAGUUCGCUUCAGGGCAGGGAUUACCUCGGGAGAAGUUUCGCCUUCGACGACGCAGGGCAAAGAAACUAUCCAUAUUGGAUUUCUGACAGCGGUCAUGGAACCAUCAUGGCAAGGUUCAUCCGCAAAAUCUGCCCGACGGCGGAUAUCUACAUCAUCAAGGUAGCGACCAGACCAGCGACACAGGAUCCAAACAGGCUAACUAUCGUCGUAGCCAGUGUCGUCGAUGCUAUCAACCACGCUGUCGACUGCGGAGCCAGGGUCAUCUCCAUGUCCUGGUCCGUCAGACGGCCAGAAGACAAGGAACUGCUGAAAGAGUUUGACGAGGCCAUAACCAGGGCCGUCCGACAAAGAACCAUCAUGUUGUGCGCAUCAGGCGACCAGGGCAAGAUAGGCAAUGACGAAACCUACCCCAAACACGCGGAUCAAGAGAACGUCAUCCGCAUCGGCGCCGCCACGGCCAUGGGCAACAACGCCCGAUACGUCGACGAACACAAGAUCGACUUUCUCUUUCCUGGCCACAAGAUCCCCCUGAGGGGGAGCAACCCGGACAAGGAGCUAGGGUAUGUCCAUGAGGGUUCUUCGGUCGCCACGGCCAUCGCUGCCGGACUGGCGACCUUGAUCUUGGAAUGCGUCCAAGUCGGCCACUUUUCCGAGGUGACCAAGCCCCCCAGGUCCCAGCAAUCGAUCCCGGAUCAAGACUCGAUGGAUUCAUUGGCCAUCAGGGCCGGGUUCGCGAGCAUGGUCAGAUCGAAUUCGCGAUAUCUCUGGGUCUGGGAGACUUUCAGUCAUUAA